AUGACCACAGAAAAGAAAGAAAAUAAUUGGAAGGUAAUGCAGGAUGACCGAGUAAUAGCGGUACAGACACUACUAAAAAACUUCAAGAAGGAUAGCGUGGUCCGGAAGACGAACAUCUAUAACCAACAAAGAUUGCAGAAGUUGAAGGAUUUACGAGACCAGUUUGAAGUUACUCAUGAAGCAAUAGUAAGUAGUAGCAAAGAUCGAACAUCCGAAUAUUUUGUGAAAUGUGUAAGUGAGAAUUUCGACGAAGCUCAUUUAGAGGCUUUCUGCACUAUACAAGAGAGCUUCGAAAAGGUAUAUCCUCCACCACAAUCAGCACCAGUAAUUAUCCCGAUGCCAGAACCAGUAGCACACAUAAAACUACCUACUCUUCCUGUGCCCACCUUCUCUGGAAAAUGUACCGACUGGCCUGCGUUCCACGAUGCAUUUGAACGGUUAAUUCAUACUAACAAAGAGAUAAGUUUAAUUCAGAAGUUCCACUUUCUAAAAAAGGCGCUCCCAGACGACAAUGAUUUAGAUAUUCACAACAUGCAGCUGACAGAAGCUAAUUAUCCCAUUGCAUGGGAACUAGUGGUGACUCGAUACAAUAAUCCCCGAAUUUUAUUUAUGCAUGUUAUGAAAGAUUUAUUCAGCAUUCCUAGCCAAUUACUGGAACGAGCGGCUGACAUAAAAUUACUCCUAAAUACAGCUAAGGUAUGCGUACACGAAUUUGCCAGACUGAAGAUUCCAAUCACUGGUAGUGAUCAUUGGUUAGCCUAUUACAUUUCAACGAAACUGUGCAAAGAAACACGAAAGGCAUGGGAACUCCAUCUUGGAAGCAACUCCACCAUUCCCACCUUUGCCACAUUGGAAUCUUUCCUGAAUGAUAGAGCAGUAACGGUGGAUGUUCUUGAGAGUCGCGAUGCAUCUAUCGAUAUCACGCCUAACGCAAAUAUACAACCAUUUCGAAACUCCUUACAGUCCAAACGCCAACACAAAAAAUCACACCAUUCGGCUCUCAACACGUCGCUAUGUCCAUUAUGUCAAAAUAACCAUGUAAUUCGUCGAUGUCAUCAAUUUCUCACUAAGGAUUGCUUCGAACGGAAGUCCAUCGCGUCUCGACUGAAGCUAUGUUUAAAUUGUUUAUGCAGAUCCCAUACAGUUUCACAGUGUCCUAGUACUAAAAACUGUCAACAAUGUGGGCAGCGUCAUCAUACACUCCUGCAUUUUCCGCCAUUAGAAAACUCUGCAAAACCAAACAGCAAUGUUGACAUCGCUUCACACAACUUGUCCAACAAGGUUGACAGACAACAGCAUAACGUCCCAUCGCCACAAACGUUUAAUGGUACACCGUUUUUGCAAAGCAACACAAUAUUGUCGCCCGAUUACCCUUUGACUACGGCCGACUACACCGAAGGUGAACAACAACGAGUCCUCUUGGCUACCGCUCUAGUGUCAGUAAAGAACGAACUUUCUAAUCAAGCUGUCAUUCUUCGUGCUUUGGUCGACCAGGGUUCCGAAUGCACUCUCAUAUCAGAACACGCCACACAAGGUUUAGGACUUAAACGUUAUCCAACCCGCACUGAAAUAGUUGGUGUAGGGCAAAGCCCAACAGAAGGCUCCAAGUCUGUCGUUACGUUUGUUAUAAACUCACUAUUACAUUCGGAUUUCCAAUUAGUUAUUAAGCGCGCAUAUGUUUUAAAAUCGCUAACAAGUCUUAUUCCAGGUCACUCUAUUUGUAUACAGAAUUUGCCACAUUUAAACGGGUUACGUUUAGCUGAUCCAACUUACUUUAAACCAGGAAAAAUUGAUUUAAUUCUUGGUGCUGAUGUAUAUGCACAGUUGAUACUAGCAGGACUACGAAUUGGGGCGUCCAACCAACCAAUAGCGCAGCAAACUCAUUUAGGGUGGAUUAUUUCUGGAAAUAUUGGGCCAGCUUUGCCAAAGUUGCAAAUGAUACGGUGCCAUCAUACCUCACAUGAAUUGGACAAUUUAGUAAAAAAUUAUUUUGAGCAGGAUCAGGUAAUUCCCAAUCGUGAACUCUCUUCUGAAGAACAGUGGUGCGAAGAUUUCUUCAUUAAAACUCAUUCUCGAUUACAAAAUGGUUGCUAUAUGGUACGUUUACCACUGAAGUCACAUUUUGAUCCGACACAAAUUCUCGGUCGGUCUAGGCAGAUUGCAUUAAACCGUCUUUUAAAUUUGGAGCGUAAGCUCGCACGCAAUAGUGAUUUGCAAGAACAGUACCAUCAGGUGAUUAACGAAUAUUUCAGCUUGGGACACGCUACCCGUGCAUAUUCUACUGAACAACAACGGUGCAAAUUGAAUCAAAAUUACGUACCAAUAAAUAACUCUUAUGUACUGCCUCAUCAUGCAGUUUUGAAAGAAGAAAGCCUCACAACAAAAUUGAGAAUUGUUUUUGAUGCAUCAUGUAAAACAUCAAACGGCAAAUCAUUAAACAACAUUCUAUGCGUGGGUCCUAAACUACAGAACGAUUUGGCAGCAGUUUUGAUAAAUUGGAGACUACAUCAAUAUGUCUUUGUAGCAGACAUUGAAAAAAUGUAUAGAUGCAUCAGCAUGCAUCCAGAUGACGCACAAUUUCAGCGAAUUCUGUGGCGAAAUAAUGACGGCCUGAUUCAGGAGUAUUGUCUGAAUACCGUAACGUUCGGUACUGCCUCUGCGCCGUAUACUGCUAUCCGAGUAAUUCAGCAAAUCGCCGAAGACGAGAAGUCACGAUUUCCGUUAGCAGAAUCAGUGUUAAAAUCAAAUAUUUAUGUUGAUGAUAUACUUUAUAGCAACGAUUCAUUGGAUAUGGCAGUGAAAGUUCGUGAUGAGGUUAUCGCAGCAUUAAAAUCAGCUGGAAUGCAUCUGCGUAAGUUUUGUAGCAAUGAUCUACGCAUUCUUCAAGGCCUGCAUGAAAAUCAAUUAUCGAAUACGAAAGCAGUACAAUUAAAUCAAGACGUUACCAUUAAAACAUUAGGCAUGUGGUGGCAUAACAGCGGUGAUGAAUUCAAAUUCAAUUGGAAUAUCCUAGCCUGCAGUCAAUUCACUAAGCGAAAAGUAUUGUCUACCAUCGCACGACUAUUUGAUCCGUUAGGACUCCUCAACCCAAUAUUGGUAACAGGAAAAAUAAUUUUCAAGGCAGUGUGUUCUUAUCAACAUUUAACUGAUGAUCAAAAGUUAGUACCGUUGGACUGGGAUGAUCCAUUACCGUUCGAUCUUGAAAACCAAUGGCAAGGAUUUCUUAUGGAGUUACAAAACUUAAAAACCAUAACUAUACCAAGAUGGCUGGGGUAUCAUUCGUCACAAGUUGUUUCGCUCCAAAUACAUACAUUUUGUGAUGGCUCGUCGAAGGCUUUUGCAACUAGUAUAUAUUUUAGAAUACAAUUUUGCGACGGCAAAAUUCUUACACGCUUAGUGAUGUCUAAAAGUCGUAGCACUCCUAUGAAACCCUUAACUAUUCCAAGAGUUGAACUUUGCGGUGCGGUAUUGGCAACACAAUUAACUGCCUGGGUAAUAAAACAUACAUCUAUUCUUACCAAUAAUGUAUCCCAGUACUACUGGACAGAUGCACAAGUGGUUCUUCACUGGAUAAAGGGUGAUCCGCAUCGUUGGAAAACGGCUGUAAGUAAUAGAGUGGGACAAAUUCUUAGAGUGACUUCUGCAUCGCAAUGGUAUUAUGUGAACACGUUUGAGAAUCCAGCGGACUGCGCCACAAGGGGGCUCACCGUUCACCAGUUAAAUGACUUCGAUUUAUGGUGGAAUGGUCCAAAAUGGUUACAACUUCCAGAAGAAGCCUGGCCAACCUACGUUUUAAAUAACAACAUUCAAGCAGCAGAUCUUGAACUAAAAAGGUCACCCAUACGGGCCAACAUCAGUACGAUACAAAACUCGCUACUUACUAAGUUUUCAUCAUUUUCAAAACUUCAACGUGUAGUUGCUUAUCUUUUACGUUUUACGUUUAAUGCUCGAAAACAAAAUAGUAAUCAACCAAAGCACGGUCCACUGUCCGUUACUGAAUUACAAUUCAGCCGAACUAUCAUUAUACGAAAUGUACAACAAGAAGUGUUCCAUGAAGAAAUUAAAUCAAUUAAAGCAUCUCGGCCUUUACCAUCUCAUAGUAAAUUACGCAAUUUAGUGCCCUGGCAAGAUGAAGACGAUAUUUUGAGAAUUCGUGGCAGACUUGCAAAUGCAAAUUUACCGUUCAACAGAACAUAUCCUAUCAUUCUUCCAAAGGCUCACUAUGUCACCGAAUUAAUCAUUAAACACGCUCAUCAUAUAACCCUGCAUGGUGGUAUUCAACUAACAUUGUCAUAUUUACGACACCGGUUUUGGAUUGUGAAUGCACGACAGGUGAUAAAACAGCAUAUUCACCGAUGUGUUACAUGCUUCCGAUGUAAGUCUAAGCCAGAAAAUCAACUAAUGGGUGAUUUACCGUUUCAUCGUGUAAAUCCCCCAUCUCGGCCUUUUUUAGCGACAGGCGUCGAUUACACCGGAGCUAUAGAAUUAAAGUCAUCACGAUUCAGAGGAAACACUAAAUAUAAAGGGUAUAUCGCCAUAUUUAUUUGUUUAGCAACCAAGGCUAUUCACUUAGAAGCGGUAACCGGCCUUGAUACCGACCAUUUUCUUUGGGCAUUACAACGUUUUAUAGGGCGUCGUGGAAUUUGUAAUGACAUAUAUAGCGAUUGUGGUACCAACUUUGUCGGAGCAAACCGGGUGCUUCAAACCAAACAACAACAAUGGAGGUCAGAUAUAGAGCGCGACAUUGUCCCCUAUUUAACCAAUCGGCAAAUCCAAUGGCAUUUUAAUCCUCCAUUAUCACCAAAUUUCGGCGGACUAUGGGAAGCCAAUGUUAAAUCCGUAAAACAUCAUCUUCGGCGUACAGUUAACACAUGCCUAACAUAUGAAGAAUUAUCAACGGUUUUGGUCCAAAUUGAAGCAUGUCUGAACUCUAGACCUCUGUGUCAACUCAACUCGGAUCCAGAAGACUUGGUAGUAUUGACGCCGGCUCACUUUCUAAUAGGUGAUACAUUCUUAACGCCACCGGAUGGUAUUACAAAACAUCAAUCACUUCAACAUCAAUAUAUUGUUUUGCAACGUAUGGCACGUAGUUUCUGGGCUCGAUGGAAAUCCGACUGGCUGUCUCAUUUACAAACACGUCCAAAAUGGAGAAGUGAAACUCCAAAUCUACGAUUGAACGAACUUGUCAUUGUCAAGGAUGACCACUCUCCACCGCAUGAAUGGGUUCUAGGUCGAAUCAUAGCACUCCAUCCUGGUGCUGAUGGACUGACAAGAGUAGUUACCAUUAAAACUAAACAUGGCGUAUACAAACGUUCAAUUUCAAAGCUCUGUCGGCUUCCUAUUCCUAGCUACGGCACCGACACAGCUCCUAACACCAAUGAUUAA